CUCUACAAGCCUACCUUCUUCUUCCCCACAGAAUACGCGCAAAUUUGACUAAAAAGUCCGGACCUUUGAGCAUUUCAGACCUCAAGGAGCAGAACCCACAAUUUGUUACCUGCUGAAUUGGCCGGAUAUGGAUUCCCGUACAGCCAGGAUUUGGAUUCCGGUGUUGUUUUUGAGCUGUGUGAGCACCCAUUUCUGCACUUACGCCGUGGUCGAAGACGACUUGAGGUGCCUUCGGGGGCUGAAGCAGUCGCUGCAUGAUCCGCUCGAGAAGCUGGCGUCUUGGGAUUUCGGGAACACCACCGCAGGAGUCAUCUGCAAGUUCGUCGGCAUCACCUGCUGGAACGAUAAGGAGAAUCGGAUCGUCAAACUGGAGCUCCGAGAGAUGGAGCUCACCGGCGCGGUUCCCAAGGAGAUAGAGUACUGCGGCAGCCUCACGAAUCUGGAUCUCGGCAGCAACGCUAUUUCCGGGCCGAUUCCGCCGGAUAUUUGCGAUUGGUUGCCCUUUUUGGUGACCCUGGAUUUGUCCGGGAACGACUUCUCAGGCCCGAUCCCGCCUGGCCUCCAGCACUGUAAGUAUCUGAACAGUCUGAUCCUUUCGGAUAAUAAGCUUACGGGUCCGAUUCCCUUUGAAUUAUCUAGCUUGGGUAGGCUUAAGAAGUUUUCGGUGGCGAAUAAUAAGUUGAAGGGAGCUAUCCCCUCGUUUCUCGACCGUUUUGAUAAGGCGGAUUUUGCCGGGAACAGCGGGCUUUGCGGCGGUCCUCUCGGGUCCAAGUGUGGUGGCUUGAGCAAAAAGAGUCUUGCUAUUAUAAUUGCUGCCGGAGUUUUUGGCGCGGCUGCGUCUUUGCUGGCGGCUUUGGGGCUGUGGUGGUGGUACCAUUUGAGGCUGAGUAAGCAGCGGAGGACGGGAGGUUAUGGUGUUGCGAGGGAAGAUUGGGCUGAAAAGUUGAGGGCUCAUAGGCUUACUCAAGUUUCUUUGUUUCAGAAGCCACUUGUGAAGGUUAAGUUGGCGGAUUUGAUGGCGGCUACCAAUAAUUUUAGCCCCGAAAAUGUGAUCAUUUCGACUAGGACGGGGACUACUUACAAGGCCCUGCUGCCUGAUGGGUCGGCGCUGGCCAUUAAGCGGCUUAGUGCUUGUAAGCUCGGUGAGAAGCAGUUCCGGUUGGAGAUGAACCGGUUAGGACAGCUUAGGCAUCCGAAUUUGACCCCCCUUUUGGGUUUCUGCAUUGUGGAGGAGGAGAAGCUUUUGGUGUAUAAGUACUUGUCGAGUGGGACUUUGCAUUCGUUGUUGCACGGAAGUGGUGAGGGAUUGGAUUGGCCGACUAGGUUUAGGAUCGGUUUGGGUGCUGCCAGGGGACUUGCUUGGCUUCACCACGGUUGCCAACCUCCGAUUAUGCAUCAGAACAUAUGCUCCAAUGUGAUCCUCCUCGACGAGGAUUUUGAUGCUAGGAUAAUGGAUUUUGGAUUGGCAACGCUCACGGCUUCUGAUCCUAAGGAGAGCAGUUUCGUUAACGGAGAUUUGGGAGAGCUCGGUUAUGUAGCUCCAGAGUAUCCGAGUACUCUGGUUGCUUCACUGAAAGGGGACGUUUAUGGACUUGGAAUUGUGCUUCUGGAACUGGCGACCGGGCAAAUGCCUCUCGAAGUCAGCACGGCUGAUGAAGGUUAUAAGGGUAAUGUUGUGGAUUGGGUGAAUCAUCUAUAUAAUUCUGGUCGAACCAAGGAUGCCAUCGAUAAAGCUCUCAUCGGAAAAGGGCAUGACGAGGAAAUUUUGCAGUUUCUGAAGAUUGCUAGUAGUUGUGUGAUUUCUCGGCCUAAGGACAGGUGGUCUAUGUACCAGGUUUACCAUGCAUUGAAGAGUAUGAGCAAAGAACACAGUUUCAGGGAACAAGACGACGAGUUUCCAUUGCUCUUUCGCAAGCCAGACACGGAAUAAGGAUUCAGCUUCAACUCGAAUCGAAGAGGAGAGAGAUGACAAAUGGUUACAGAAUUCCGUAUUCAGGUAAGUUUUAUUAUAAGGUUCAUAUAUGUAAAUGGUACGAUGGUACGAUGUGAUCUUUAUUUUAAUUACCCGGUUUUUCCCUAUUUUUUAGUUAGCUGUAUGAUACAAUAAACAUCCUAAGGUCCUGCAUCCCACGAAACUAUUUGUUAUAAAUCCAGUGAUGUUUACAAUAUGCUUUCCAGUUUUUCGCCGUAGAAAGUUGGAACGAAAGAUCGAAAAAUGGAAGUUCCAGUGUAAGAUAUUAUAUGCAAACAGUUAAAUCCUUGCCUUCUAUCUGCU